AUUACUAUAGAAUUCAGAAAACAAAAUGAACCUCUUUUCCCUCAAGAUUUGUACGAGACGUAUUGUGCUCUUCAAAGCUUUGGUACUUCUCAACAAGCACUUGCUUUCUUUAACUGUGGCGACCAAUCAGGCGCAAGUCAAGAUCAUAAACACAUCCAAGUCCUUCCUUUAGGCAACGAUCAUCACCCUCAACCUCCUAUCAAGCAAUUGUACGACGAAAUCCAUGAUCGCCAUAUUGGCCAAAUCUAUGCU